CCAUUGCAUUCCUUUCUUUUUGUCGCUUUGACAACUCGUUUAGUUUGUUAUUUUCAGCCACAUGCAGUUAGUUUAGUUUUUUCUUGCAGCGAGCUGAACGGUGGAUUGCAUACAAAGAAACUAUAUUUGGGUGCAGUUAAAUUCAACAGCGGUGCGAAAAUCUGCCUUGUACGCAAAGCUGGAGCAAUAGCUGACUCAAAUUCAUAUUGUUUAAUUAUUGACCGAUUAACAUAGAAUUAAGCAAUUAUGUUACGGACAACAACUGGCGUCUUAUCACGCCUUACUAUCAAUGAAACGAAAACUACCGGCUCUGCUUUUGCUUUGGAAUUUGUACGGUGGCGUAGGAAGCCUCGUUGGUUGCCAGUGGCAAAAAGUAAAUUAUUUCGUGUGCCCGAACGCAAGCAACAAAAUGCAGAUGAAAAAGCUGAAUUAAUGCGUCUGCAUAAUAAUUACAAAUUACAGAUGCGCUCUUUAAGACAAUAUUUGCGUGAAGAAGUAUUGCGUUUGAAUGUAACAACAACAGCAGAUCACAUUGUACUAACACCUGAACAAGAGGAAGCGGAAUUCCAACGUUGUAUGCAAGAAAAUGAAGCGUGGAAUCAAAAAAUUGCCGUCGAACGGAACGAACGCUUGCAAAGGGAGCUCGAAGAGAAAGCAGUUGAAAUUCGUCAACGUCUAGAGGCGGCACGCAUACGUGAAGAAGAACGUUUGGAGCGUGCUGAUGAAGUUGUUAGGCGUGAAAUAGAGUUGUCCAAGUCAUUUAUAACCCGCGAUAAGCUUGAUGCAGCGAUUGAGCAAGCUUUAGCCAAUCCAGUUGAUUAUAACUUUUCAUUGGAUUUAAAAGGCAAUAUUUAUCGUGGCCGUAACACAGUGCCUGGUGGUAAAGGUACGCCAACUCUUGGUGGCGCUAAUGAAAUCGAGGUGCAACAAACACUCAAAGCCAGCAAUUAGCUGGUUAGUGCUUUUACCAAAAAUAUAACUAUGUAUGUGCAAAAAAUAAAGUGUUAAAUUUAACAUUCACAUGUUAUUUAAAUUAAA